GAGGAGUUGAGGAGGUUCCGGGGCCGUGUGGAGGAGGUGGUGCAGGAGAACCAGAAGUUACACCAGGACCUGAAACAGACAGGAGGAGUCAGCCACAAGGAGUGGUGAGUACUUUGGCUGUCUCUCUCUGUCUCUGUCUCUGUCUCUGUUUCUGUCUCUGUCUCUGUCUCUGUCUCUGUCUCUCUCUGUCUCUCUCUCUCUCUGUCUCUGUCUCUGUCUCUCUGUCUAUGUCUCUCUCAGUCUCUCUGUCUCUAUGUCUGUCUGUCUGUUUGUCUCUGUGUGUGUGAGAGAGAAGAGAGAGAGAGAGAGAGAGGAGGAGAGAGAGAGAGAGAGAGAGAGAGAGAGAAUAAAGAUAUAGAGAGAGAGAGAUAGAGAGAGCUAGAUGAUAUAUAUGUAGAUAAUCUUCUAUAUCUAUCUCUCUCUCUACUUCGUCAUCUCCUAUAUCUAUCUCUCUCUCUCUCUCUCUCUAUCUCUCUAUCUCUCUCUACUCUUCUCUCUCUCUCUCUCCAUCGCUGAGAUUAGUGAUACCCUGUUCUUGCUUUUUUUUCUCUCCCCCCCCCCUAUUCGUCUGUCUACAAACAGGCUCUCAAAGUGCUUGAUAGAAGCCCAAUACCAUCAUCACUGGUCACUCCUGAGAAAGCAUUAGCUCCCUGAGCUGGGAAAUCUUGUGCAAACAACCAACCGAUUCAUGUCUUGUAUUCAAGAUCCCUAAAUGGCUUGGCUCCCCCUCCACUCAGUAUUUUUGUUAAACAGAAAACCCAAACAUAUGGCAGCAGAUCCACAAGGUCUGCCAUGAGAGGUGACUGUGUAGUUUCCCCUAAGGAAAAGCACCUUUAGUAAAUCCGCUUUUUUCUGUGAGAGCUUCCCAUGUCUGGAAUACACUGCCAUCAGACACACACAACUGCACCACAUAUCACACUUUCACAAAAUGCUUGAAGACAUGGCUAAAGGUCAAUCAGAUUUGUGAACAUGGUCCCUAGCUGUGUGUUGCCGCUUUCCAUGUCUGUUGUCUGUAACUUGUGAGGUGUGGAAACACUUUGUUGCUUUUAUGAAUUUUGUCUUGCUGCUUUUUGUUCUAUGUUGCUCUGUCUGUAUGCUACGUCUUGCUUGUCCUAUGUUGCUAUGUCUGUAUGCUAUGUCUUGUUCUAUGUUGUUAUUGUCUAAAUUGUUUUUAAUAACCUGCCCAGGGACUGCGGUUGAAAAUUAGCCGGCUGGCUAAAACCGGCACUUUUACUGAAACGUUGAUUAAUGUGCACUGUCCCUGUAAAAAUAAACUCAAACUCAACUCAACUCAACUCUCCUCCCCCUUUCCCUCCCACUCCCCCUCCUCUCCUCCCACUCCCCCCUCCUCUCCUCCCACCUCCUCCCUCCCACUCCCCCUCCUCUCCUCCCACCUCCCCCCUCCUCUCCUCCCCCUUUCCCUCCCACUCCCCCUCCUCUCCUCCCACUCCCCCCCUUUCCUUCUCCUCAUCCUCCCCCUCCUCUCCUCCCUCCUCCUCCCCCCCUCUCCCUCCCCUUUCCCUCACACUUCCCCCUCCUCUUCUCCUCCUCCCCCUUCCUCUCCUCCCUCCCCUCCCCCCCCCCCUCCCCCCAUUCCUCUCCUCCCCUCCCACUCCCCCUCCCUCUCCGUCCCACCUCCUCCGUCCCCUCCCCCUCUCAUCCUCCACCUCUCCCCCCCUCCUCUCCUCCCUCCCCCUCCCCCCUCCUCUCACUCCCCCUCCCCCUCCCUCUCCCUCUCCUCCCCCCCUCCUCGUCCUCCCUCCCUCCCCCCCUCAUCCUCCCCCUUUCUCAUCCCCACCCUCAGGCGCCCCCCCCCACCUCUUCACUACCUCCCCCCCUCCUCGUCCCUCCCUCCCCUGCACACCUCCCCUCCCGCCUCCCCCCUGCUCCAUCUCCCCCGGGUCAAAGUCCCCCCUCCCCCCCUCCGUCGCCCAUCCCCGCCCUCCUCCCUCCCCGUACCCCCCCCCGUCCUCUCCUCCCACCUCUCCUCCCCCCUCCUCUCCUCCCUCCCCUCCCCCCUCUCCUCCCCAGGAGGCAGCUCCAGGAGCAGGCCCGUCUGGUACUUCAGGAGAACCAGGUCCUGAUAGACCAGCUGGAGGUGCAGCAUGCUAAGGCUAAGGACAGUCACGGGAGACAUUUGACUGAGGGUAGGGAGGGACAGACACCAGUAAUCCCCACUUUCAGAUUCUACUAUAUAAACUAGCUAUAUUCUGUUUGUACAUUCUAUACAGUAUCAAAUUGUCGUUCUCAAACCCUGCUGUAGGUGUAUUAUAGAAUUCUUCACAGAUUUGAAAGUUAUCAAGGAUCUCCAUUAACUGUUCCCCCCCUCCCUCCACCUCCCUCCCUCCGUCCUCCUCUCUCCUCUCCUCCCCUCCUCUCUCCUCUCCUCCCCUCCCUCCUCCCUCCUCUCCUCUCCUCUCCUCUCCUCUCCUCUCCUCUCCUCUCCUCUCCUCUCCUCUCCUCUCCUCUCCUCUCCUCUCCUCUCCUCUCCUCUCCUCUCCUCUCCUCUCCUCUCCUCUCCUCUCCUCUCCUCUCCUCUCCUCUCUCCCUCCUUCGCCCGCUCCUCCCUCCUCCCCCUCUCCGUCCCCCCCUCCCUCCUCCUCUCCCUCUCACUUCCUCUCCUCUCCUCUCCUCUCCUCUCCUCUCCUCUCCUCUCCUCUCCUCUCCUCUCCUCUCCUCUCCUCUCCUCUCCUCUCUCCUUCUCUCCUCCUCCUCCCUCCUCCUCCCCCCUCCUCCCCCCUCUCCAGUCUCUAAGGUGUGUAAGCAGCUGAUGUUGCUGGAGGCAGAGAAGCAGAGGCUGGAGGGGGAGCUGGAGGAGACGAGGCGAGAGCUCCACACUCUGCAGGCAGAACACCUCCAGACACGGUGCAGUCUGGAGAACGCUGUCAGCUGGGACGAACACCACGCUAUCGCAACCAAACUCAAACGGUAGAUGG